AUGCUACCAACAUUUCCCGAUUUGCGCAUUACUUGGAAAGAAAAUCGUUUGAAAGUUGAUGAUUCUUCAAAUAUAUCGACUUCACAACAAGAAAAAUCACUUCACUUUUAUAUAAUCACCGAUUCUAAACAAGAUUUCAUUCAGACAAGGAGGAUUUAUCGAAAAGCAUUGAAUGCAGUCAAAAUUGCUCAAUGGUUACUUGGAGAAAAUCUAAAGACAUUCGAAGGGACAAAUUUCACAUUUUCGUAUAUCGAUUCUCGAAAAACUUUUGUGAUACCACUGAUUCGAGCUUGGAUUUCUGACUUCUCUGAUAUAGAAUUGUACAAGAAUUUGAAAGAGACACUGAAAUUCGAUGAUCGAAAUGGACAUUUAGUUGUUUAUGCCAACAGCAACAAAGAAAAAUGUCCAAAUCGUUUCGUUACUUUGCAAAAUUUGGCUUUUAUUUGUGGUGAUGGACUCAUUUCUGUACCGACAAAUCUCGCUGAUCUCAAGGAUUUCCAAUGUGGCUCAAAUUUUAUGAAUUCUGAUAGAGUGAGAGCUGCUUCUCAUUAUAUCUUGGCGAUGCUACACGAAAUUUUACAUGUGUUUCUGAUCCCUCAUUCAAAUACGGGUUUGAUGAACCAAAAUGAUGUCUGUGAUACGAUAGGGAAUUAUUUAUGCGACAAACGGAAUUGCUCAUGUUUUACCGAUCUCAAUAAGCUUGAUUCCUUAUCGAUAGAGCUCGCAAGACGAUCAUCUUUCAUUAACGGGAGAAAUUCGGAUCUCAAAGUUACUCAAUUUGCAGAGGAUUCAAAAUUGCUUAUUGAAUGUUUAUCUGGUGAAUCGAUCGAUUAUUUGUUAGAGAUUCGAAAUUCCGAUUCAUCUAUUCGAAAUGUUCAAAAAUGCGCAAGUCAAAAAGUGGAAGCGAAAAUUUCAGAAAAUUAUCGUCUUCUUGUAGCCACCGCUGUAUCGUUGCACCAUAUUUCAUUGAGAAAUGGA